CGUCUCAAAGUUUGCUUAAAGGUGCACAUUUUCCCGUCAAGUUUGUUUUUUAUAGAUCACAACCAUAGCGCGAAAACUGGCGUACACACAUUUCCAACAAUUCAACUUGCAUUUAGAGGGAUGUGCUGUUGUCAUUGGCUCGACACUAAAAGACCUGGGUCUUAUAUUAGAUAGCAACUCGUCCUUUAAAUAUCCCUUUGUCCAUAUUACAAAGACAGCCCUCUUCCACCUUAGAAAUAUUUCUAAGCUUUGAAACAUCCUAUCUGUUUCUGAUGCUGAGAUAGUUCAUGCAUUUAUGAGCCCCGGACUGGUAUAUUCCAAUGCAUUACUAGGUGCUUGUUAUGGAUCUUCAGAUAGCAGGCUACAGUUUGUGCAAAAUGCAGCUGCCAGAGUUCUUACCAGUUCUUACCUCUAUCUUGCUCAUUUAGAAUUUCAAAUCUGCUUAAUUUCUUUCUAUAAAGCUGAUUCCUGACAAUGUCCAGUGUUAAAAGUGCUACACAAUUAAAAUUUAAUUGAUUGAUUUAAUUGGUCACAAUUAUCUCUGUUUUAUCUACAUAUUCUUAGGCUAAUCUUCAGCGUGCACACAUUUCUGAACAAAUAUAUAGAUUAGUAAAUAUUUACAUUUUCCUAUUUCUAACAUUUAUUUAACACUUUGCUCCCUCAGGUACACCACCCCAUGCUAAACUUAACAAUGAGAACGAAUAAAUAUUAUAAAUCACAGGACUAGAGAAGCAUGUGACCAGGAGGGUGGGAACCUGACCAAGAGGCUCAUUUAAAAGAGGAAUGAUGAACCUGUGGGAUGUAGAACAGGUGCACAGUUCAAGCUCAGAGACUAAUUUCAUACUGUAGUGUGUAACGCUCAAGAAUCAUGAAGAUGCUGCUUGUGAUUCUGGCUCUUGCCCUUCUGCUGACCAGUGGUUCUGCCCUUAAAUGUCACAAGUGUACUCCUGAUGGAAAAUGUUCUAUUGUAACCUGUACCAGUGGUCAAGACACCUGUGUUGCCACAAGGGUGUUUACCCCCAGUGGUUCAUUUGUUGGAAAGAGAUGCUUAACACGGGCUCAGUGUUUGCAGUUGCAGAAAGCUAACAAAUUUCCUGUUGCAUGCUGUGGGACGGACCUUUGCAAUAAAGUUGUUCCAUGAAAAUCUCAUAGGAAGUAUCAUGAUUAAUGAUCUACAUUAAUGCAGUUUUCCUGUUCAUUUUGUAUCCCGCAGCUUUACCUGUACAUGGGAUUAGUCAAAAUGUUCAGCGUAUAAGUGUGAAAGUGAUGUGCUGUGGAAAUAAAAUUAUUUU